AUGGCUUCGCAGGUGUCGAAGAUCAAGGUCAAAAAUCCUGUUGUCGAACUGGACGGAGAUGAGAUGACCAGAAUUAUCUGGCAGGAUAUUAAGGACAAGUUCAUUUUUCCAUAUCUUGACAUUGAUUUGAAAUACUACGACUUGGGUCUUGAAUAUCGUGACCAGACCGAUGAUCAGGUUACUAUCGAUGCCGCCGAGGCUAUCAAAAAGUAUGGAGUUGGCGUCAAAUGCGCCACCAUCACUCCUGAUGAAGCUCGUGUCAAGGAAUUUAACUUGAAGAAGAUGUGGCUAUCUCCUAACGGUACCAUCCGAAACAUCUUGAAUGGCACCGUCUUCCGUGAACCCAUUGUCAUCCCCAACAUCCCCCGUCUCGUCCCCGGCUGGAAACAACCCAUUAUCAUCGGCCGUCACGCCUUUGGUGACCAAUACCGCGCCAAAGACCAAAUCAUCCCCGGCGAGGGAACCCUCGAGAUUGUCUUCACCCCCAAGAACGGCGGCGAACCAGAACGUAUUCAAGUAUACGACUUCAAGGGUCCCGGUGUUGCGCAAACCCAAUACAACACCGACGAGUCGAUCAUUGGGUUCGCUCAUUCUAGCUUCAAGAUGGCUCUCCUCAAGGGACUGCCCUUGUAUAUGAGCACCAAGAACACCAUCCUUAAGAAAUACGACGGACGAUUCAAGGAUAUUUUCCAGGAGAUUUAUGACAAGGAUUACAAGAAGGAGUUUGAGGCCAAGGGUCUCUGGUACGAGCAUCGUCUUAUUGAUGAUAUGGUUGCUCAGAUGAUUAAGAGUGAGGGCGGAUUCGUCAUUGCCAUGAAGAACUACGACGGAGACGUCCAAUCCGAUAUUGUCGCCCAAGGUUUCGGUUCUUUGGGUCUAAUGACCUCCACCCUCGCCACCCCCGACGGCAGCGCCUUCGAAUCCGAAGCCGCCCACGGCACCGUCACCCGACACUAUCGCGAACACCAAAAGGGUCGCGAAACAUCCACUAACCCCAUCGCAUCCAUCUUCGCCUGGACUCGCGGAUUGAUUCAACGCGGUAAACUCGACGAUACUCCUGCGGUAGUCGCAUUCGCCGAAGCAUUGGAGCAGGCUUGUAUUGAUACUGUGAAUGAAGAUGAGAUUAUGACCAAGGAUUUGGCAUUAGCGAGAGGACGCAAGGAUCGGGAGGCGUGGGUUACGACGAGGGAGUAUUUGGAGGCUGUUGAGAAGAGGCUCAGAGGUUUUUUGGAGAAGGCUAGACUUUAG